AAAGAAUGCCUGAGCCGUAUCACAACCGUAGUUUUGUGUUUAUCCGCUCAGUGGACAAUCUACGAAAAAGAAAUCCCUGUUUUGUUUGAGGGAAAACCGCCGAAUGAAAAUGUGAGUUUUUGAUCAGAAAAUGAUUCAAAGAACUUUAAUGAGUUGACAGGCAUCUAGAUUGCUGGUUUGAUUGCAUGCAUGAAACAUAGCUGAGAUUGCGUAUGAAUUUAUUUGAUUCUUAUGAUAUUCCCGCUAAGUGAAGUGUAGAAUAAAAGCACUAAGUAUGAUAAGACCAUGCUGCCAUCCGACUAAAUUCCCCCCACAGUAGCCUUUCAAUCAACAAAACACGUGUGUUGACGUUUGAAGACUAAUUGUGUGUGCAAAGAAAACGCGGAAAAGAUGACUUACGACUACCAAGUCGUCUUGACUUUGGGUGGGUAGACAGCAUAAUGCGAAAACAACUUCACUGUGGAAACAAAAAGGACGAAAACUUGGAUAGAUCGGACUUUCACCGACUGUCACCAAGUUUGGGUAAGUGUUUAGACGAAGAAUGACAGUCCUGCUAAAGGACUAAUUCGCGUUAUGAUGAACAAAAAACUUAGAUCACCAAAUCAAGUUGGUGAAACGAACACAAUGGACUCGUUUCAAGAUGGUGGCCAACAAAACAUGAAUUCGACACAGAACGAUUUCAUGGAAGGUUCUCAUUUGAAUGCAGAUAUGAACAGUUACCCCCCAUCUUCAAUAAGUAUGGAAGGUUAUGGUAGAAUGAAUCAAAACGUUCAUCCUAGUCAAAUGCAGGGAUACAGUCCCUAUAACCGUGAAAACUUUAACCCUGGUGAUCAACAUGGCGGUACGACAGGAAGUUCGGAUUAUAUGAAUCAAAAUGCAAGCUUUCAGGGACAGUAUCCUAGACAAGGCAUGCCCGUGGGUAUGAAGCCUGGCAUGAGGGCGGGCAUGGGUAAUCCAGGGGGGCCAAUGAUGACCCCAUAUCAGCAGCGUAUGUCUGGGCAGAGUAUAUCGCAACAAAGUGGCCCCACUCCUACUCUAAAUCAACUUUUACAGACUCAGUCUACAUCCAGCACUUCGCAACGAAUGCAACCCAACAACUAUAGUGAAUAUCCUCAGAAAGGCAUGAAUGACAUGAACUCCUCAGCGUUUAACAUGCAGCAGCCUUGGGGAGGUCAUCAAAGACCCAUGGGGUACCACCCAGGUUCCAUGAAUAGUCCAGGACCAGGAUUCAGAGGACAGAACAUGUCCGAUAUGAACCAACCUCGACCUGGUUAUUCCCCCUCCAAUUACCAAAUGCCGCCACAAAACCAAUACAGUGCUGGGCAAUAUUCCCCCAAUUCCCGAUAUGGUAAUGUGGGUGCACUUAACCGACCAGGCCCAGCCAACAUGCCAAACACAGGAUUUGGCCAUCCAAAUCCCCAGAUGUCUUCAGGACAACCUCCAGGAAUGACCCCACCCCCUUCAGGAGGAAUGGCCUCUCCCAUGCCUAAUGAUUCUCCUCAUCAUCGCCAAGCUUCACCCUCACCAUUACGGCGUCAGCCAACGCCCACGUCACGAUCAUCAUCCCCACAAAACACACCUAGUGGAGCUCAGCAACAACAACCUAGUCCAUCAGGAAGUUCAUCUAGUUGGAGUGGAGUAAAUGCAAAUGGAAGCAAGAAAAAUGCUGAAGAUGGUGAUAUGGAUCUCUCAGGCUGUGAUGAUGUAACGUCAUGCGACAAUAACUCCCAGGGAUUACCUACCUCAAACUCCCCACAUCCCUCCAUUUCAUCACUGAGGCCUAUCCCCUCCCCAGUCGGAUCAUCAGGUUCAAGAUCAAACACCCCUGCUUCACUUCCAGGGACCCAGGCAGGCAGUCCUAUGCCCCCUCGCCCUCCCUCACAACAUGAUAGUAAUCAGAGUUCUAGGAUGACACAGUCACCUAUGGCUACUAGUUAUAAUCAACAAAUGAUGCCCCCUCCCAUGGGCCCAAAUCAAGUGAAUUAUGGACCAGGUGGGGGCAAAAUGGUGGGGAACAUGCCUGGACCAAUGAACCAAGGGUUUCCCCAGUAUAAUUCUCAUUAUCCACAAGGUAACUAUUCAGGUAGACCAGGAAUGCCCCAAGCUGGUGGAGUAAUGCAGAACUACCCAAUGUACAAUGGUCCCACCCCAGGGGCCCCCAGUGGAGGUGCUCCAAACAUGUACAACAACAUGCCUAUGAACAGAAAUUCAAACUACAAUCCAUAUGGAGGACAGAACAACAUGAUGAGUGGUAUGAGUAAUUAUAACAGUGGAAUGUCAGACAUGGCUAAUGGACCAAGACCCCCGACCCCGGGAACACCUGGGUCAGGAGGGUCAAAUUCAAAAAGUGCGAAGGCUGCAGCACAGGCAGCAUUGAUUGCGGCCGCAAGUCAGCAAAGAGUACAACAGCCAACUGGUCGCUCAAACAUCCCUCCUGCACAAGUGAUGUAUGGACAGAGUGGACCCCACCCAGUAUAUCCAGGGGGGAUGACAAACUCUCAUUCUCCAGUGCCUAAUUCUGUAGGACCCAAUUCUAUUAUGCCAAAUUCUAGUAGUGCACCCAAUAUGUCGGACUCCUCUGUUACACACAAUUCUCUACCCCCCUCACAGGAUAGUAGUAAUCCUCAAUCAAACGGCCCGCCAUCAAAUUCGUAUGGAUCCCCUUCAUCUGUGUCCUCAACCAAUGAAAAAAUGCCUUCACAACAAAACAUCCCUCCAUCUAAAAAGCAAAAUAUGCAACGAGACUCUAGUAUAUCAUCCAGCUCAAAUGACAAUGUGACAUCUUCAUCAGAAAUGACUGCUAGUAAUAAUAAUGACAGUAGUGUUCCACCUCAGUCUGGUUCCAUGGACUCUAAAGAACCACAGUCAGGGACCCCACCCAAUCAAGGACUACCCCCAGAGAGUUUGGGGGCAGACAGCAACCUGUCGUCGCUAACGGACACUUCCUCUCAAGGAGGAGAUGUGCUGUGUAAUGAACAAAAGGAUGUAGAGAUGCCUUGUAUACCUGACCAGAGUAACUUGCCACCCAAUGCAAUGAAGCAAGAAAUGCCCAUCACAACUACAGCAACCACGAACACCAUGGAGAAAAACAUAGUGACCCAGGUGAACACUUCUCCGGUGAUGAGCACAACGGAGGUAUCCAGUGACGGCCAUGGUCACAUUCUGGCCAACCCCCAGCAACAGCCUGCCCCACCCAACCCAAUGCCUACCCUGGAGGAAGCAGUCCCAGAUAAAAAGAAGAAAGAGGGUGUAAGCUCACAUCCACCUACCCCUGCUAGCUUGGUUGCCCCCUCCCCAGGGAGUGCCAGUGUCUCGUCGUUUCAUGAAGAGUUUGACAAUAUAACCAGCCCUCCCAUUGGUUCUAACUGGGCUAACCAGACCAAGGGAGGUGACGUAAACAAACUGUAUGAAAUGGGCAGUGAACCGGACCGCCGUUACUUUCUGAACCGCCUGUUGAGUUUCCUGGAGGACAGAAAUGCUCCUCUGAACAAUAUGCCAUCUAUCAGCAAACAACCACUGGACCUGUAUCGGCUCUAUCUGCAUGUACAGGAAAAAGGAGGGAUGGUGGAGGUUACCAAAGCAAAGAAGUGGAAAGAAAUCUGUGGUCUCAUAAACAUUGGUAGUUCAGCCAGUGCUGCAUUUACACUGAAGAAAAACUACAUCAAAUAUCUCUUCCACUACGAGUGCCAGUUUGAGCGCGGCGGCAUGGAUCCUGGGCCUAUCCUUGCUCACAUGGAGGCACAAUUGGCUCAGAAGCGCGAGUCCAAGAAAAGCCGCGCACCCUCACCGGGUAAGAAGGAAAAAGCUGGAUCUCAAGGUUCUCAAGAUGCAUUUAGGCCACCAAGUAAUUCUAAUGCUAAUCAAGGAAUGGAUGGAUUUCCAGGAAAUAUGCCUAAUCAGGGCUAUGACCCUAACAUGGGCCCUAUGAUGCCUGGCAUGAUGCCACAAGGACAAAUGAUGAACAACAUGAUGCCACCCAAUUCUAUGGGUGGUAUGGGCCAUCAAAUGAUGCACCCCGGAAUGAUGGGCAAUAACUACAACAUGAGACCAGGCAUGAUGAAUCCCAACAUGAUGCCACACAAUAACAUGAUGGGCAUGCCCCCUGGUGGCAACAUGGGCAUGUCCCAGAACAACAUGGGCAUACCUGGCAAUAAUAUGGGCAUGCAGGGAGGUGGUGUGCGGAUGCCCCAUGGAAACAACAUGGGCAUGCCCAAUAGCAGCAUGGGAGGCAUGAAUUCUGGGAACAACAUGGGAAUGCCUCCACAGAAUAAUAUAGGUAUGGGACAUGGAAAUUCUAUGGGAAUGCCUCCUGGGAACAACAUGGGUAUGCCACCACAAAAUAACAUGAGCAUGGGGCCUGGAAAUAACAUGGCGGUGCCACCAUCUGGAAAUCAUAUGCCCAUGCCAUCCUCGAGAGGAAACGUGCCCCCUUCUUCGACAAAUCAAGUGAUACCUCCAGUGAACGGUGAUAGCAUCAGCUGCCAGGACCCAUUUGCAGAUGAUAUGAAUAACAGUGGUUUCAUCAAUUCAGGACAACCAAAUUCUCAAGGAUCAAGUUAUUCUGGCAUGCCACCUAACAGUAGUGCUGGAAAUUUUAAACCAAAUAUGCCACCCAAUAGCAUGGCACAAAAUGUCCCUUCAAGUACUAUUUCACAAACUUCAACACCUUUGAACUCUAGUAUACCUUCACACAAUAGCAUGGGCCCAAGUAUGAUACCAAACAAUAUGGGACCCAAUGCUACCCCAUCUAGUAUGAGCCCAAUGUUGUCUGGUUCUGGAGCAUCGAAUGUACCACCCAACAGUAUGGGACAGCCUAUGCCCCCUAGCAGCAUGUCACAGUCUAUGCCUCCAAAUAGCUCAGGCGCAGGACAGCCAUUGCCCCCUAGCAGCAUUGGGCAAUCAAUGCCACCCAGUAGCACUGGACAACCCAUGCCUCCUAGCAGCAUGGGUCAGCAGAUGCCUCCAAAUAGUGUUGGUCAUUCUAUGCCACCUAAUAGCAUGGGACAGUCUGCUCCUGCCAGCAGUAUGGAUCUUUCUAUGGCAAACACAAGUGUUCCUCCAAAUAGUGUUUCACAUGGUAUUAUGACUCAAAACAAUAUGUCUCAAAAUCUUCCCUCAAAUGUGUCCAUGGGCAUGACACCUAGUUCUAUGCCACAGACUUUUAAUAACAACAUGAGUCAGUGUGGUCCACCCAGCAGCAUAGGCCAAAGCAUGCCUCCUAAUUCUUCUUCACAAAAUAUGCCUAAUUUUCAGCCAAACAUGGAAAAUCCUAUGUCAGCCUUCACACCGGAGUCCUCCAUACCUUUCUCCAAUUAUCAGGCAAACAACUCGCAAGAUGGAGACCUUUCUCAGGGGUCCACAUCCAACAUGAGCACCCCUUCCUUGUCCUCCGGGAGGAAUUUUCCAUUUGGUGAAAAUCAGUUCAAUAAGCCUGAAAGGUUUGACUCCCCAAAUCCUGUGCAAUCUGUCACCCCCACACCAACCCCACCACCCCAACGCCAGCCAACUCCACAGUCAUCCACCUCAUUGCAACAACAGCCCCCCACCCCAUUACAGCCACCACCCCCACAAGACUCCACAUUCUCACAGAACAGAUACGGAAAUCAACCACCUUCCAUGAUGACACAGGGUCCUCAGCCACACAUGGGAGGUCCACCCCAUGAUGCAUACACCCAUAAUUAUCCUCAUCAACAGGGCUACUCGACUCCCAACAAAAUGAUGGGAGGACCCCCUGAGCAGUAUGGUGGUUUCCCUUCACAAUAUCAGAAUUUCCCAAACCAGAGACCGACCAUGAGGAAUGAUAUGGGAAUGUAUGGCACUCCCAGUAAGAGGUUCCCAGACCAGUAUCCUAAUCAAGCUGGCUAUAACUCUCAGCCACCUCCAUCCUCGGGCUAUGGCUCCCAGCUUUGUAACACACAGUCCUCAGGCUUUAACUCCUCCUCAGGGAUGAUGGGUUAUAAUACCCCGCCAUCAUCGUAUGCUGAUGGGUCCCAUCAAAGUUCUUAUAUGGGUUAUAAUAGUCAGCCUUCAUCGUAUGGAGAUGGUUCUUAUCACAGGGACAGUAUGGGCUUUGAUUCACAGGAUUCAAGACCGAAUAACCAGUGGUCACCAAUGCAGAGGUACAGCCAUGGUCCCCACAGUAUGGGAAUGAGUCCAGCGCAGGGCAUGCCACCCCACAUGGCGCCUGGUCCUUUCCAGAGGGGCCACAACCGGAUGUCUCCCACACCUAGUCAUAAACAAGGAUCCUACAUGUCGCCUCCUAAAAUGUUACAGAAAAUGCCCCCCAAUCAAAUUCCAAAAAAGGAAAUUCCUUUUCCACAUGACAGUGUUGAGGCCACAACACCAAAUUACUUCAAAAGACGGCGUUUGACCCGAUCCGAUGUUGGUCCAAUAGAAGCGUGGAGGGUGAUGAUGGGCCUCAAGUCUGGCCUGUUGGCUGAGAGUACCUGGGCACUGGAUACACUGAACAUCCUUUUGUAUGACGAUGCCACCGUGCAGUACUUCAACCUAGCUCAUCUCCCAGGGAUGCUAGAAGCUUUGUUAGAACACUUUAGAAAAUCUCUGAUCUCAAUUUUUGGUGAUAUGUUUGAAGAAAUGGAAAAAAUGUCUGAUGAAGCUGAUGAAAUUCCCAAUAAAAACAUGAUUAAUAUCAAAAUGGAGGAGAAGGUGGCUGUAAGUGGAGAAGAGUUUACAAAUUAUACCUACAUCUCGAGAAAAGGAAAGGAGGUAAAAAUGGAGGAAAAUAACCACAAAGGAGUGAGUCCUUUAGACUGUAAAGAGUGGGAUAUCUACUCCGGUUAUAGCUACAAGUAUGGGCAUUGGCAGUUGGGAGGAGGGGAUCUUAGUUCUCAUAUUGUGCCGUGUUUUGGUAGUUCAAGUGAGAGUAAUGUGUACAGAAGACUAUUUUUUAGACCACCCAUGGAACUAAAGGAUAAAGUGAAUAUUUCAGAAGAGAAAAAUUUUGUUGACACAGACAAUUCAAAAGACUUGCAGUUGGAGGAAGAUCGGAAAGUGGAUGAUCAGAAAGAAAAUGAGAAUCAGAUAGGAGUGGAAGAUCAGAAACAAACAGAAGGUGAGAAACAAAUGGCAGAUCAGAAAGAAAUGGAAGAUCAGAAAGAAAUAGAUGGACAGAAAGAAUUGGAUGGGCAGAUAGAACUGAGGGAUUCAAUCAAAGUGAAAGAGGAAGAGCAUGUUAAGAACCACAUAAUAAAGAAAGUAAAAAUUAAAGAAGAACCCAUAGAAGAGGAUGAAAAACAACAAGGUAUCCAAGAGGAUAAGGAUUGUGAUGUUGAAAACAAAGAAAAUAAUGGUUGUGAUGAUGAAAAGAUGGAUGAAUCCAUGGAAGAAAAGUCUGAAGUCAAGUCAGAAAAUGUUAAAACAGAAAUUAUAGCUUCUGAUGACAAUGUCGUCAAACAAGAAAGUGACACUGAAAAAUGUACAACGGAGCGAGUCGGUUUAAAACGCAAAUUGGAGAUAGAGCAGGAAGAUGAGGCCUACCAAAAGGACGAGCCUCCGCUUCGGCUCAUUAGUGACAUGCAGGAGGAACUGGGAAGAAGAUGUGUAUGUAUUUCCAAUAUUUUCAGGAGUUUGUCUUCUAUUCCAUCAAACCAUUUAGAAUUUUCCAAACAUCCUGGACUGAUGUAUACACUAGGGAAAUUACUUAAGUUGAAUCACCGACACCUACCUCGAAAUACCACACGUAAAAAGUUUGAUCGUGAUGACAGUGAGCUAGAAGACAUUUCUGAUAGUCACCUUCAACAGAAUGAUGAGGAGUGGUGGUGGGAAUACUUUUCCAUGCUACGGGAAAACACUCUUGUGAUAUUUGCAAACAUUUGUGGACAUUUGGAGCUGAAGUACUACCCGGAAGAAAUUUGUAUGCCCAUAUUGGAUGGCCUAUUACACUGGGCUGUCUGUCCGUCGUCGUGUGCCACUGAUCCUCUGCCAUCUACCACUACAUCCGUCCUCUCACCCCAGCGAUUAGUUCUGGAGGCACUCAGCAAAUUGUGCAUUCAUGAAACAAAUGUUGACCUUCUAUUGGCCACGCCUCCAUUUGAUCGCAUUGUGCAGUUAUUUAGUAUUCUGACCAAAUUGUUAGCAAACAAGAGUGAACAAGUGACAUUGGAGUUCGCUCUCGUUCUUUUAUCUUCAUUAGUACAAGGGGACACGAGUUGUGCGCGGGCAGUCGCAAUGCAGCAUCCCUCCAUCUCGUUAUUGUUAGACUUUCUGGAAACGGCAGAGCACAAAGCAAUGACAGUGGCAAACCAUCAUGGCAUCAACGCAUUGAGGGAAAACCCUGAAAUCAUGGGAACCAGUUUGGACAUGCUCCGUCGAGCUGCCAACAUACUUCUUAAUCUGGCCUCGGUCCCAGAGAACCGCCCGAUGUUCACUCAGCAUCAGCAAAGACUGCUUUCUCUUGUCAUGUCUCAGAUCCUUGAUCAGUUCGUGGCACAAAUUUUGUCUGAUGUUCUCUAUCAGUGCUUUCAAGAUGAUUUGCCUAGUAGCUAGUACAUGUUUGUUAUCAAAAGAGCAUGAAAUUACACACAACAGAAGAAAGUGAACGGUGAUGCUUUUGUUUUCAUUUGCCUUUUAUACUCAUUGUAAAUUCAUCAUUGACCAUUAUUCCAUUCCUGAAGAUUUCUUGGUGUGUAAUAUAUUGUAUUAUAUAUAUUAAUGUGAAGUUUUCAAAGGAAAUUUUCAAAACAAAUGAAGUACUGCCCAGACUUGAUUGUUCAAGAUUCAUUGUCGACACAUAAAUUGCAUUUCUUCAUCAUCAUUGAAACAAUGUGAUAAAAAUUAGAGAUUUUGAAUGUUGUUUCUUCAUUUUAUUUUUGUAUUGUUCAUUUUUAAGUGCAACUGGAAUUGUGCGUGUUAGAGACAAAUGGUUAAUUCCACAUGUUGUGACAAGUGUAUGAGUUUGUUGUAUUGUGGUGAGAUCAUGUUUCAAAUCGGUCAGCAUAUUUCUCCCAGAGAUUUGAGACAAAAAAUAAUUAUUAUGUUUAUGAAUUCAUUAUUUAUCUCAGUAGAAACGCAUUUCAAAAGGCACAGUAUUUAAGCUGGUUUAAAUGAGUUGCGUUGUAAAUACCACAACUAUGUCGAUUGUUUGUAGUUUGUAUUCAUCUGUAUCAUUUUUGUGCAGAAGCUUUAUACUGUACGUCAAAAGAUCCAAAUAAAUGUAAAUAUUUUAAGUAUA